AUGUCGUUCGCUGGCGUAUCCUUGAUCCGCGACGGCAGACUACGGCCUUCCGGCUCGGCCAUCAACGACACCGGCGCCGCUAGCGGGUACCAUCUGCUUGUGGUUGAAGGCUACUCAUGCAUCAAGCAUAUUCUUAAAGGCAGUCCCAUCGAAUCUCGCUCUUUCAGGGUUGGAGGGUAUCUGUGGUCUCUCAAGUACUACCCUAACGGUUCGCCGUGGGCCUCCCCCGGCGAUGUAUCUGCUGCCCUUGUCCUUGCUCAGGAUGAUGCCUUGGAGAACUCGAAACAUCUCAAGGAUGAUGGUUUCACCCUCCGGUGUGACGUGGUUGUUGUCGUGGAGGACGUCGUCAAUGCCAGGGGCACAGGCGCCGCUCCACCGUUCGUUACGGUUCCGCCGCCCGACAUGCAGCGGCACUUCACCGAUCUCCUGGCCGCCCAGGAAGGCACCGACGUGAAGUUCAAGGUUGGCGGCCAGACAAUCGCCGCACAUCGGUGCGUCCUUGCAGCCAGAUCUAGAGUAUUCAAGGCUGAGCUCUUCGGCCCUAUGAAGGAGAGCACGGCGACCGCCAGGGCCAUACACAUAGAGGACACGGAACCUCGAGUUUUCAAGGCAAUGCUUGCGUUCAUUUAUAGUGACUCAGAGCCGGAGCUGGAGAAGGAAGAUGGUGAAGAUGCGAUGUGGCAGUGGCCGCAGCUGCUCAUCGCGGUGGAUAGGUACAAUCUGCAGCGGCUAAAGCUCAUGUGUGAAUCUAAGAUAUGCGGGUUCAUUGGUGUCAACACCACGACGACCAUCCUGGAACUGGCUGAGAACCACCACUGUGACGGCCUGAGGAAGGCGUGCUAUAAUUUUCUCGGCGCGCCGGGGAACCUGAGGGCUGUCGCGGCCACUGAUGGGUUCGACGAUCUGAUUACGAGCCACCCCUCCGUCAUGAAGGAGCUGAUCGCCAUGCUUGCGCCCUAG